CUCAAGCAAUAAUGAAUGCAAUCAUUCAGCACCAUACUUAAUUUUUAAAUGUCACGAAUUCGAAAAAUCAACUGAAAAGUUGAUUAACAAUAAUCCUGGAUUGUUUUGUAAAGAGAGUGAAGAUUUUAAAAUAUUAGAUCUUAUUCAAGAUAUAUUUUAUUUUGCGCAUAAUUUAAAAUAUACUAAUAACUGGAAAGAUAAUUUUGAAAUUCGUAGGCAUUCAGAAAUUGUUAAAAAUUCUUAUACAAUUUGUGAAGAAUUCGCUGAAAAAUUUGAAAGCCUUGAAAAUCUUAAAAAAGAUCUUGAAAGCAAAAUUAACUUUAACUUAAGCAGUAAAGAUGAAGAAGAUAUUUGUGAAAGCUAUAAAGAAAUAUCUAAAAAGAUAAUAAAGAUUGGUAAUUUGAAAAAUAAAUGGAUUAACAAGAAGAAGGAUUUAGAAAAAUUAUCAGAAUUUUGGAAAUGUCUUUCUAUUGAAUUUCGAUUAAAUGAAAAUUUGAUAAAUUCGAAUGCUGAAUUAUAUGUAGAAGAAUAUGUCAUUGAUCAUAUUGUAGAGCAUUAUUCGAAAAUUUGUGAUUUAGUUGGUGCUUUUUGCAAAUAUAUUGCAACCAAUAAUAGUAAGAUUAGUGAGAUUUAUUAUAAUAGGGAAAAAUAUGGCGAAAUCCAAGCAAACACCGCUGAUUACCAU